AUGACAGUCGUGUGCCUGUAUUGCGAAGACGCGAGUGAAAAUGAGAGUUGUCUACAAGGUGGGUGCUCUGCUUUCAUGCGACCAGCACCCUGGGACAACCACAACUACAACCUUCACCCCGAUGAGAUGGAAGGCCAACUGCACCUCCAUACAGGUCUUGGCGACUACAAGGCCUUCCGUCCAAACCUACACGGCACCAAGUUGGCAACACGCGUGACAUCAGACCCGGAGAAGAGACCGCAUCUUCACAAGCGCAAGUCGCACCAUCACCACCACCGCGACCGCGAGGACCGCGAGGACCGCCACCGUCACAGCUCUAGCAAGCGGAAGGCCGCUAAGGAAGCUGUUCAGUCUGCUAUACAGCCCCCAACUAGCUUUGGGGACUUGCUCCGGCAGGCACGAGGCAGCAAAGAAUCCAGUCCAAGCCACAGUCGCAAAGGCAGUGUUGCACCUGGUCAGGACCGGAAGAGAAACUCCAAGGAUGACGGGGAUGACCGUUCUUUGGUUCUGCCCAAGAAGCGGCUUCGGCCGGAAGAGGUGGAAAAAGAGGGGCUAAAAGUCCAAGCUAGAGAACGGUACGGCGUGGGAGUCUCAAUAAUUUUCGAGAUUGUACACUCUGUUCCAAGCACUGACAUGGCAUACAGAGACCUCCGAGCCGCAUUACAGUCACUCUCAGAUCAAUCUUUGAAGACAUCUCGCCGCCUCGACGAUACAUACUAUGCCAUUCUCGAAAAAGUUUCGGUGCUCCGCCAGACCAUCGGAACCUUACAAGAGCUCUCUGGUUUGACCAAAGAACUGCAAAUCAACUUCGAGUCUGACACGAAAGAGCUUGUCCAACAUGUCUCGGGGCAAGUAGAAGCGUUUGACGACUUCCAGCCAUCGCAACAACAAGUCAGCGCAUUGGAAGAACGUAUCAAGGCUGGAAAGCAAAAGGCAGAUAGCCUGACGGCGAGGCUUGCACGUGCAAAGGAGCGAGUGGAUGCAAGAGCCAAGUCAGAAGCCCAGUGGCAGGCUACUAGCACACAUCGACGGCGUAUCUUUUGGGGCAUAUUGGGCGCUAUCAUGGCGGCUAUCAUCGCUCUCAUGUUCUUCCACCAGCUCAAUCCUGCCCAUGGUACCGAUCACCCGCAGCCGACUCCAGACUUCGCUUCUCGGUCCGCCAUUUUGGAUGCGCCCAUUCCCGACAUCGCGAAGGAUGCCAUCAUUGGACCUCCCCCUAAGCCAUCAAAUCCGGUUUCCGAGGCGUCAACGCAGGAGUCAUCAUUAGAGGAGGAUGAGAGGUUGCGCAUAUUUGACGAGCUUUGA